AUGGACGAAUCGCUCAUUGCAACCAUCAACAAGCUUCAGGAUGCGCUUGCUCCCCUUGGUGGAGGUCUGUCGCUGCCUGUAGAUUUGCCCCAAAUCACCGUGGUUGGUUCCCAAUCGAGUGGUAAGAGUUCGGUAUUGGAGAAUAUUGUGGGUAGAGAUUUUUUACCCAGAGGAACCGGUAUCGUGACUAGAAGGCCGUUGGUUUUGCAGCUCAUCAACCGCAGACCCGGCGUGAACAAGGCAGAUGCCGACAAGAUCAACAAAACGACCGACAAGGGCGAGGAGCUGGAGAACAACUUGGAGGAGUGGGGUGAAUUCUUGCACUUGCCCAACAAGCGGUUCUACAACUUCGAGGAGAUCAGAGCGGAGAUUGUCAGGGAGACGGACGCCAAAACAGGCAAGAACUUGGGCAUUCUGGCGGUGCCCAUCAACUUGAGAAUCUACUCGCCCCAUGUGUUGACCUUGACCUUGGUGGACUUGCCCGGUUUGACCAAGGUGCCUGUGGGUGACCAGCCCAAGGAUAUCGAGAGGCAGAUCAGGGAGAUGUUGUUGAAGUACAUCUCGAAGCCCAAUGCCAUCAUCUUGGCUGUGAACGCCGCCAAUACCGAUUUGGCCAACUCGGACGGUCUUAAGUUGGCCAGAGAGGUCGACCCGGAGGGAUCGCGUACCAUCGGUGUGUUGACCAAGGUCGACUUGAUGGACGAGGGUACCGACGUGGUGGACAUUCUCGCUGGUAGAGUGAUUCCCUUGAAGUUCGGCUACAUCCCCGUGAUCAACCGUGGCCAGAGGGACAUCGAGCUGAAGAAGACCAUCCGUGCUGCCCUCCACGACGAAUCCGAUUUCUUCGAGAACCACCCAUCCUACAAGGCCAAGUCCCAGUACUGCGGUACCGCCUUCUUGGCCAAGAAGCUCAACAGUAUAUUGUUGCACCACAUCAAGAGCACCUUGCCAGACAUCAAAUUGCGUAUCGAGAACUCCUUGAAGCGCUACCAGAACGAAUUGAGCAUCUUGGGCCCUGAGAUGGAGGAGAGCCCCACCUCCAUUGCCUUGAGCAUGAUCACCAACUUCUCCAAGGACUACAACGAGAUCUUGAACGGUGAGGCCAAGGAGUUGUCCUCCCAGGAAUUGAGUGGUGGUGCCCGUAUCUCCUUCGUUUUCCACGAAAUCUACAAAAACGGUGUCAACUCCAUUGACCCCUUCGACCAGAUCAAGGACGCCGACAUUCGUACCAUCAUGCACAACACCUCCGGUUCUGCCCCAUCCCUCUUUGUGGGCACCCAGGCCUUCGAGGUGCUUGUCAAGCAGCAGAUCCACCGUUUGGAAGAGCCAUCCUUGCGUUGUGUUAACUUGAUCUUUGACGAGUUGACCCGUAUCUUGACCCAAAUCAUCAGCCAUCCACAGUACUCCAGAUACCCAAUGUUGAAGGACCGUCUUUCACAGUCGUUUAUUCAGUUCUUGCGUGAGGAAUUGAUCCCCACCAACAGGUUUGUCACCGACAUCAUCAGCGCCGAGCAGACGUACGUUAACACCGCCCACCCUGACUUGUUGAAGGGCUCGCAAGCCAUGGCUAUGGUGGAGGAGAAGUUCCACCCCAAGCCUCAGGUGGCCGUUGACCCCAAGACCGGCAAGCCAUUGCCUCCUGCCCAGCAGCCACAGCCUCUGCAAACGCCCAAGGACGAGUCAAACGGUUUCUUCGGCGGUUUCUUCUCCUCCAAGAACAAGAAGAGAUUACAGCUGAUGGAGGCUCCACCACCAGUGUUACGUGCUACCGGUCAGAUGACGGAGCGUGAGCUGAUGGAGACCGAGGUGAUCAAGCUCUUGAUCUCUUCCUACUUCAACAUUGUCAAGCGCACAGUUGCAGACCUUGUGCCAAAGUCCGUUAUGUUGAAGUUGAUCACGAGAUCGAAGGAUGAGAUCCAGAAGGAGUUGUUGCUGAAGUUGUACAGUGCGCCAGACUUGGCCGACUUGGUCAAGGAGAACGAGGCCACCGUGCAGAAGAGAAAGGAGUGCUUGAAGAUGGUAGAGGUGUUGAAGAACGCCAGCGAGAUUGUGUCGAGCGUUUAA